AUGUCUUCUAACCAGUACGAUUCCCAGGCUUCCACCAACUACAAAGAGGCCUUUGCCCUCUUCGACAAGCGUGGCAAUGGCCGAGUGACGGCGGAUAGCUUGGGCGACCUGCUUCGGGCUUGUGGCCAGAAUCCCACCUUGGCCGAGAUCAAAGACUUGGAAAAAUCAGCAGGCAGCGACUUCGAUUUCGAGUCUUUCCAGCGCAUACUCAACCGCCCGGGCGGCUUUCGCGACCCCGGCGAGCCCGAGGAAUACUGCCGAGGCUUCCAAGUCUUCGACAAGGACAUGACGGGCUACAUCGGGGUGGGCCAGCUCAAGUAUAUCCUGACAAACUUGGGUGAGAAGAUGUCGGAGGAGGAAGUCGACGAGCUUCUCAAAGCUGUGGACACGAGCUCUGGCCAGGUCAACUACACAGACCUGGUUCGGACCAUCUUGGCCAACUGA